AAGGGAGUCUGACCAUUAUUGGUUUUAUGCAAUGAUUUAUGUACUUUUAUGCAAAACUCCUUCAAAUGUGUUUAUGGGUUUUUUAUAAAAUGAUGGUGCAGAAUAUGUCUUGAACAGCUAAAUUUAUCAAAUUAUCACUAUGUAUUAACUUUUUUCGAGCAGUGACAUAUAACAAAGGAAAUAAGAAGUAUUUGUUUUUUAACAAAAUCAAUCAAUUGCUCGAAACAGAGUAGGAAAGAUCGGACUUAUUUAGAGAGAGCGGAAGUGAAACAAAAGAAACAGUCGUUCAAACCAGAGCCGUUGAAAAACAUUACUGGCUCUGGUUCAAACAUCGGGCGGUGGGCGGGGAUAGAAUUUAACCGCCUGUGAUUGGCCUCUGUUCCGCUCACGAUGAUUUGAGCUGUCCAAUGAAUUUACGGGUUCGGCCAACGAAAACGGGCCAUCAGAAGAACCCAGUGCUUCCUCUAAAUUAGCAUAGCGCAGUGAAUAAAACCCUCACAAUCGCUCCUGUGUUCACACACUCACUCGUCAGCUCUGAGAUCACUUCAUCAUGCCUGAACCAGCCAAGUCUGCGCCUAAGAAAGGCUCCAAGAAGGCCGUCACCAAGAGCGCCGCGAAGGGCGGCAAGAAGCGCAGAAAGUCCAGGAAGGAGAGCUACGCCAUCUACGUCUAUAAAGUGCUGAAGCAGGUUCACCCUGACACCGGCAUCUCCUCCAAGGCGAUGGGCAUCAUGAACUCUUUCGUCAACGACAUCUUCGAGCGCAUCGCCGGUGAGGCGUCUCGUCUCGCUCACUACAACAAGCGCUCCACCAUCACGUCGAGAGAGAUCCAGACCGCCGUGCGUCUGCUGCUGCCCGGAGAGCUGGCCAAACACGCCGUGUCUGAGGGCACCAAGGCCGUCACCAAGUACACCAGCUCCAAGUAGAGCCGCAGCCGCUCACACACACAAAGGCUCUUUUAAGAGCCACACACACUCUCCUGUAAAGAGCUGAUGAUGCUGUAGAUCUAUUUGAAAUCUCAUCUUCUAAACGUAAAUUAAAUGUUCAA